CUGUUUAUAUUAUAUUGUUAAUUAUAACUAGUUGAAUUUGUUGAUUCUUGGCCGUGUAACAUAGAUAGGUUAAUGGCAGAUUGCUGAUUUUUUUCUGAUUUGUAGUGUUUAUGGUUGUUUUUGUUGAUGUGUUAUCUUAAGAUACGAUUGUCUGCUACAAAGUGGCUUUUAUUUUGGACUUGUGAUUUUCUUGGUGUUGAAGUUUUGGUUUUGUGAUUAAAUUGAAUUGUCUCGUAGUAAUAUUUGGAAGUUUCUGAGGCCAUUUAACGUAUCAGUUUGUAUAGUGGGCGCCUAUUGGCAACAUGGAUACUGAAAAUUGAAUGGGUAGUGUUCUAAGUGUGGUCUGUGGCGGCUCUGACCAAUAAAUUCAAUUUAUUUUUUUAAUUUAUUUAAAUUCAAAUUUUUAAUAGAUUUCAGAAAUAUGGAGGAAACCAAAUAGUGACAACUAUUACAAAUGUAUUUCCAGACCCAAGAAUCAACCCAGUAUGUAUAUUAUAUAUUUGUCUUUAUAUGUUUAUCUAUACUUAUUGCAUUUGAUUCACUUGUAAAUGCACAUUUUAAUAAUUUCAGAAUCACAAAAGACUAAUGGUUAUCUUGUUGUUCAUGCCAAUGGUGGAUUGAAUCAAAUGAGAACUGGGGUAAAGAUUUAAGAAGACUCUUAAUUUUGCCUUAGUUAUAUGAUUAUUUGUAAAUGUAAUAUCACCUAACCACACCACAGAAAAGAUUAAUAUAAUUUAUCCUGUAAUUUAAUUCAAAAGUGAGUCCUUUUUUCUUUUUCCAAAAUGAAUAUUGAUAUUUAUGUUAAUAUGCUAAUCCUAUGAAGCUUGAUUUAAAUGCAGAUAUGUGAUAUGGUUGCAGUGGCAAAAGUAAUGAAUGCUACUUGUUCUUUCUUUCCUUGAUCAUAGAUAGUGUUAUUUUGAUUGUAUCAAAUUAAGAUACUAUUGUAGUAGUACUAACUAAUUUCAUGUUUAUUUUUGUAUUAGUUAUCUUUAGAAUUUGAGACUUGAUUGUUCUUAAAUAUUGGUGAAGAUAUGUAUUUUAAAUUUUUUAAGUUUUGGACUUUUUUUUAUUUAUGUGAGACCGGUUUUACCGGUUCAACCAGUAAUUUAUCGGUUGAACCAAUAAACCAGUAAACCAGUAACUUGACCGGUUUGAUUACCGGUUCAGUUCUUACAACUAUGCGAAAAAGAAAACGGACUUUGUAGUUUGUACAUAUUAACGUAUGUUUCUAUUUUGUAGAGUUCCUCAAAUAUUUUAGCUGCCGUUUCUUCGUCACUAGAUUCUCACUCUUAUGCAUGCCAACCAUUACGACUCUUCCGUCUUCCUCUUCUUAACUCUCCCCUUCCAACAAGAACAACAACAACAAUCUCUACGCCGUCAUUUCUAAUCUGCUGCGCUGUGCACCAAUGUCGAUUGCCACUCAGCACGUUCUUCAGGUGAGGGACAAAAUUGAACUUUCCGACAUUGAGCACAGGAUCUUCGAUAGGCUUCUCGCCACUCUCCGCCACUUCAACCUCCAAACUCAGCUCCGCGUCGCCGGCGGCUGGGUCCGUGACAAGCUCCUAGGGAAGGAUUGCUAUGACAUCGAUAUCGCUCUUGACAAUAUGAUGGGCACCGAGUUUGCCCAUAAGGUGACAAAGUACAUGUUGUCCAUCGGUGAAGGUAAAUAUUUUCACAAAGAUGGCGUCAUUAAGCCCAAACCUGACCGGUCAAAACAUUUGGAGACCGCAAUGUUGAAUUUGUUUGGUAUGCGGAUUGAUUUUGUUAACUUAAGGAGUGAAGAGUAUACUGAGAAUAGCCGCAUUUCUUCUAAGCAAAGCUUUGGCACACCUGAAGUGGAUGCAUAUAGGAGGGAUUUGACAAUUAACAGCUUAUUCUACAAUAUCCACUCUGACUCGGUUGAAGAUUUUACAAAGAGAGGGAUCUCAGACCUUAAGUCUGGAAGGAUAGUGACUCCUUUACCUCCAAAGGCUACCUUCCUUGAUGACCCUUUACGAGUUCUUCGAGCCAUUAGAUUUGGUGUUAGAUUUGAGUUCACUCUAGAUGAAGAUCUGAAAGUAGCUGCUGCAUGUGGUGAUGUGAAAGAUGCUCUAGCUGCUAAAAUUAGCAAAGAGCGCAUUGGAAAAGAGAUUGAUCUUAUGAUAUCUGGAAAUCAACCUGUCAAAGCAUUGACUCAUAUUUGUGAUCUGACAUUAUUUUGGAAUGUGUUCAGUCUUCCUCCUAAGUUUGAACCUGCUAUUCCAGAUGGAUGUGAAAGGCUUUGCAUUUCUUACUUGGAUACUGCAUGGAACCUUAUCCAUUUACUCAAAGAGUCAACCUUUAAAGACAAAGAAAGGAGAUUGUCACUUUUUGCUGCAUUGUUCCUCCCACUUAAAAAUAUCACUUACCAAGUUAAGAAAGCGAAGAUGGUGCUUGAUUUACAUCAAGCAUCACAGAAAUUCUUGUCAUUGAUUCCUUGUCUUGCAUCUAAUGAGGAUUUGCAACCUGAUGAUGUUGAUUGGAUAAGAGGAUUGAUUGAUGAUGUCUCUAUUGCUUCUAGAGUCCGGGUUCUAACAGGUUUUCUCUUGAGGGAGAUUAAAGAUUUAUGGAGAGUUGCACUAUUGGUAUCCAUAUUAUUACAUCCCAUUGGCAUUAACGACACUGAGGAUGAAUCCUCACAAUUGCACAAACGAAGAGAUCUGUUUAAUACAGUGGAGAGUUCUAUAAUAAAACUAGGCCUCGACAAAGUUUGGGAGGUGAAGCCAUUGAUCAGUGGCGAAGAUAUUAAGAAUGUCUUACAGCUUGAAGAAGGACCACUCGUUAAGGAGUGGAAAGAAAAAUCAAUGGCAUGGGAACUUGCCAAUCCUUCUAGAACUACUGAGGAAUGCAUUGACUGGUUAAGAGAAACCAAUUCUAAGCGGGUAAAGUUGGAGUGAGGUCGGAAUGCCUUUGAUCAUUUGUCUGUUUCCAUACCAUGUCACCAUGUCACCAUGUCACCGAGAUAGAAAUACGGAACACCUUUGCCUUGGAUGAUACGAGGAAUCACUUCAUGCACACAUGGCUUGUGAAUGUUGUAUGAAGCUCACAAGUAGGAUAAAAGUAUUUAUGUAUAUAAACAUGAUAUAUGAAUAUAUCUAAAAUUAUUUAUAAAGAUAUGUAUUUAUAUUAAUUAUUAAAAUAAAUUAUUAUUUAAAAUUUAACUUUGUA